CGGGAAGGAAGGGCUGCCUGUUGCCAAGCAUGCGCCCGCUCCGGACUCGCUUCGCCCUGCCGUGGCUUCUGGGCGCCCUCUCUGCCCUGGCCCGAGCAGCCUUCUUUCAGCCGCCUUUGAACAGGGAUGCGCUGGAGUGGCCGGCGGAUGCCGGCAGCCGGAGCAGGGAGUGCGGCGGAUCCUGUUGCCGAGUGCCUCGGCCAGAGAUGCCCAGAGGAGGAGAGGGCUGGGCUGUGCGGUUCCCACUAGGGAGCGCUUCCCAGGCUUCCUUGCAGAAAGGGCAGGCCACAACUGGAUCUCCGAAGGCAUGGGUCCCGCGGGUGGAUUACGGCUGGAUCCCUGCGCCGCUUGCCCGUCAAGGAUCUCAUGCUCUGAAGCCAAUCGAGUGGUCUGUGGAAGAACAGGGUGAGAACCAGUUGAAGGAGGAGCGCUGGGUAGCUUUGGGGACUGGUCACCCUAAGGUCAAAGAACCGGAGCAGGGAAGCAGAAGGGAUGCCGCAAGGAUCAGCCUCAAGAGGCAUACUAGAAGAAAACGGGGAGCUGGCGAUCCCCUGGACAGAGGGAGAGCAGGGAAAGCCCGGGCUGUCAAGAACAGCCACUUUGUAAGAAACGCCACUCACUCGCUGGACGGAGAGAUGGAGAGUGAAAUCCCCCUGUUGCUGCCCUUGAAUGGCUCUCACAUGGUACAGAGGGAUGCUGGUACCCUCCGCAAUGGGACCUUCCGACCACCUCGAGUCAAGAACCCGUUCUACCCCCUGACUGAGGAGUCCUACGGUGCCUAUGCAGUCAUGUGCCUGUCCGUCGUGAUCUUUGGCAUUGGGAUAAUGGGCAACAUGGCUGUGAUGUGUAUUGUGUGCCACAACUACUACAUGAGGAGCAUCUCAAACUCGCUAUUGGCCAACCUGGCCUUUUGGGAUUUCCUCAUCAUCUUCUUCUGUUUGCCUUUGGUGAUCUUUCAAGAACUCACCAAAAAGUGGCUGCUGGAAGAUUUCUCCUGCAAAAUUGUACCGUAUGUUGAGGUAGCAUCCCUUGGAGUUACUACCUUCACGUUAUGCGCCCUCUGUAUAGACCGUUUCCGUGCUGCCACUAAUGUGCAGAUGUAUUAUGAGAUGAUUGAAAACUGUACAUCAACAACUGCCAAACUGGCUGUGAUAUGGGUCGGAGCUCUACUCUUGGCCCUGCCAGAGGUGGUCCUACGUCAAUUGACUAAAGAAGAUUCUGAAGUCAGUGGAGGCCCUCCUGUGGAACGGUGCGUGGUGAAGAUCUCUCCUCAGUUACCAGACACCAUCUAUGUGUUGGCCCUCACGUACGAUGGCGCUAGACUCUGGUGGUACUUCGGCUGUUAUUUUUGUUUGCCUACUCUUUUCACAAUUACUUGCUCGUUGGUAACAGCGAGGAAAAUCCGCAAGGUGGAGAAGGCAUGUACAAGAGGCAACAAGCGACAGAUUCAACUGGAAAGUCAGAUGAACUGCACAGUGGUGGCUUUGACCAUUUUAUACGGCUUCUGCAUCAUUCCGGAAAACAUUUGCAACAUUGUCACCGCCUACAUGUCUUCGGGGGUCUCUCAGCAGACUAUGGACCUCCUCCACCUCAUUAGUCAGUUUUUGUUGUUCUUUAAAUCAUGCGUGACUCCAGUUCUUCUUUUCUGUCUCUGCAAACCAUUCAGUCGAGCCUUUAUGGACUGUUGCUGUUGUUGCUGUGAUGAAUGCAUUCAGAAGUCUUCGACAGUGACGAGUGACGAUAAUGACAACGAAUAUACUACAGAGCUUGAACUCUCCCCUUUCAGUACUAUACGUCGGGAGAUGUCCACAUUUGCUUCUGUUGGGACUCACUGCUAGUUCUCCUUUUGGUCAGAACUCAUAAAGGCAGAUAGAGGGGUGGUUUUUCUUUCUCUUUACUUCGGGGGUGGGGGUGGUAGUAUGUGGAUUUUGCUAUUUGGUCAUAUUUCUAAAUGUUUAUGUUGGAGGAGGAAAGUGUCGUAAGAAUGGCUGUUAACCGGUUUGCAUAUUAACACAUUUGCUUUGAAAAAUAACUGUUUAGACAUUAAAGAGAGAGACCAGCAGCCAGCAUGGCGCUUUAUAUCAUUGCAGUUGGCAGUGUCCUCAUAUUUUAGUUUUAAGGGAAGGGAGAAGCCAUCCCCUGUUGUUAUUUCUCUUUGUUUUGUUUUUUUUAAUUACUGUAGCUUGCUUAGUUUGGGCAUGAUCCAGCCAAUGUUAAGUGCUGCUAAGGCUGUUUGUUCUGUACAGGGUUUGGGCGGGGGGCGCAUGUUAAACAUGUAAGGACUCCCAUUGAUUUCAGUGGGACGAAGCCUAAGCACCUUCAUCUUGAAAUCAAUGGGACUGAAAAGCACUUAACUUUGACUGAAUAGGACUCACUGGAUCCUCCCCCCCGCCCCGCCAAAAAACUUCCCCCACAAAAUAAUGGUUUGAAGUAGUUAACUUUAAACCUAGUUUAUGCAAAUUAUUGUGAGAUUAUUUGGUAUUAUACAACUGUUAGACUAAUUUUAGUUCUUUGACUUUAUUAUCAAGAAGCAUUUUAACAGUUACAUCAAAUAAUAUGAGGAUAAUCCCUUAAUAAGGACAGAAAUCAUUUUCUUUCAUUAUAAAAGGACUAAUAUUGAAUACGUCUUUCCCGUCACACCUGGAGAGAUAUGUCUUUGCAAUACAGCUUUGCAGGGUCAUAUCACAUAUAUCACGUAUCCCGUUUCUGUAGGGGGAGUCUUAAGGCUGUGCUUGUCUUUCCCUCCACACAUGAACAUACACAUGAAUCUUCCCCAUACUGAGAGUCUUUCUACAUAGUACUUUUGACACAUGUUCCUCACGUGUUAGGAGAUGCAAUGUUAGCUGGGAAGUGUAGAUUUAAGUAGAGUCGGUGGAGAUGGCUCCGAAGUGGACAGAUUCUCUUACAGCCUUCCGCCGCCUCCCUUUCGGAGUCUUUGCCCUGCCAAGGCUCAGUUAAUUGAAAGUUUUAAGCAGCGAGGGCGGCAGGGUAAAAGCUCUGGAAGAGGAGACAGCCCCGGCCUCUCGUGUAGACUCUCUGAAUCAGUCCAUCGGUCCAUCAAGGUCUAUAUUGUCUCUUCAGACCAGCAGUGGCUCUCCAGUGUCUAAGGCAGAGAUCUUUCAUACCACCUGGUCUUUUCAACUGGAGAUGCCUGGAGUUGAACCUGGGAUCUUCUGCUUGCCAAGCAGAUGCGCUAUCAUCAUGGCCCCUCCCCCACCUGUAUAACAAGUUGUUAGCUUUGCAAUGUUUCGAGGGAGGAGGGAUGCGCUUGCAAUUACGUGAACUCUUCCGGUUGUGUGCCGUUGCACUGAAUCUUGCAAGUUUUACUCAGAUAUUCCCUACCUGACAGGUCUAAAGGAAUGAUCUGUGUGCGAGUGUACAAUGUACAGUCAAACGUUUUAAUAUUUGUGCAAUGGAUUCCUCCUUUUUAACACGUAGAUGUAUGCUAAGUUAUUAUGUUCAAUUUGAUCCACGGGAUUCCCACUCAUAUAAGGUGUGUUAUGACCUGUGACUCUUUGUUUUUGUUUUGCAAGUGUUUUCAACACUAAGGGGUAUGCUCUCUGUUUGUGUAUGUAACUCCUGCUGUAAGUGACAGUGCCACUGUAGGGGAGGGGAAUCUAAAACUUUGCCAUGGAAUUAGUGACAAUAAAAUAUCAUGGCUUAAACAUUGUGGUACGUAAUUCCCCCCCCCCCCAUUUUUAUGUUUUAAGCAGAAGUACUUGUUGGUUGCUGUUUCAGCAUAUUCCUUAAGGUGCUAAUUGGGUACCGGGUUACUUAGAGCUAGUAAGUACAGAUACCCUCUAGUGGUUUGAAAUGUUACAUCCUGUUUCUCCUUUAUAUAAAAUCCAAUGAUGUUUGAAGUUUGGUUCCUGUUUAUUAUGUUUAUGAAUUCCACAGAUUUGUUUAAACACCCCGCAUAUAAUUUUUUCCCCCAAAUUUGGAAAGAAAUUAACAAACUAUCGGUAUGAUUUCCUACGUAAAAUUCUGAUAGAGUCCUCUGACUUUACUUUCUGUAUUUUUAAUAUAUUCAGGGCAUGUAUUGUACAUUGUAUCUUUGAGAAUUUUAAGGGCUACUUCACAAGAUUUGCUCUUUUUCCUUAAUAAACUCUU